ACCACCCGAAUGGCUGAUGCAAGCCUUUACCGAUUUACCAAUAUAAACCCUUAGGUUUUCGAGUGAUCACGCUCUAAACGCAUGGUCCCUUCACAGCUGAUCAACACUGAGGUCUCAUAACACUAACUGAAUCGAUACUGUGCAGAACGUUAAACCGAAACUCUCUUGUAAUAUUCGUGAAUUUUAGCCCAAAAGGUUUAUUUUGUGUGAAAAGUUAUAGUUGGAAAUUUAAGAAAAAUGGUUCGAGUAAUUAGCCAGGGAUUUAACACGCCAAGAAGCCGGCACAGCUCCGGAGAGGAUAUGAUUGACCGAUUUGCCGCGAUGAAGGCACUCGGAGCACUUCAUGAUGAUGAAAGUAGUAAACAAUCUCUGAAAACUGAAUGUGUGACAACUUCUCUUGUGAUUGAUUGCAGUACGGAUACAAAUGAUUCUUUCAGUGGUGUGGACUCCGAGGAGGACAGCCGGGCCUGCAACAGGGCCAGAGACAUACAAAACAACAACACACUUCACCAGGAUCCUGUUACACUGAAGAAAGAGAGAAGAAGGGAGAGAAAUAAAUUGUCUGCCCAGAAUUAUAGACAGCGCAGGAGACAACAAAGUACUGCAGCACAAAAGACUUUGGAAUCUCUCGAAUCCCAUCAUAAAAUUUUAUUGGAAAAAGUCCGUCAUCUUGAAGCCGAAAAACACAUCGUGGAAGAAUAUCUCAAAAAUUGUGUUCGAGUUCCCUGGUGUCCUUUCCACCAACCUGCUAGUCCUCCAAAUCCUAACAAUUGCAAUAACAUUCAAACAGGGCCUAAGCCUGCAAAUCCUCCUACACAACCAGAUAUUAUGAAUCCUACACAGAUUUGUUCAUCUAUCCCUGGACCUUCUUCUAGUUCUGCAAGUUUCUCACCUCUGCCAGACAACUUCAGACAUCAUCCUGAGGAGUUUACACCUAUUCCCGAAGGAUUUAGACCCCUCAACAUGGUAGUUGAGGAAAACAACAACAUGCCCCUGUGCAUGCCAGGAGUCGCCAGGCCGACGGAGGAAAGUUCGAUAUCGUGAGGCCCCAAUCUCAUGUUUAUUGAUUUUAAGCCGCUCUGUCACCUGUUUAUUCCGGGGAUUGUAUCUGCAGAUAAUAUAACUGCACGACAAAAUACCGCCACAGGAAGCACGUGAAAUGGAGACAAGUUGAUCCAUUUGGUUAUCAGAUUAAUUUAGAAUUAAUUUAAAUUUAUUAUGAUGUAUUGCUAUAGUUCUUGUUUAGAAAUAUUUUAAUAAGACAUUGUUCACUACAAAUUUUACAACAGUUUCAAAGAUUUCAAUCAGCUGACUAUAAUGAUUGUACAAUAGUUUGUAGAUGAGGUGAUUUAAAAUAUCAAUUCAAGAACGAUGCUGUGGACAUAGAUAUCAAUUCAGUAAUUCUAUUACUUAAAGUGUAUUACAACGAAUACUAAUGUAGAAGAUGAGUAUAAUUGUUGGUAUGUUAAGAUUUAGUUCAUUGAUAUGCUAACAUGCUAACUUGUACCGAUGUCUGCUUGGGGUCAUCACAUUCGCCUUGAAAACGUGUUUGAAUUGCUGUAAUUUUAUUCAUAAACAAACAGUAAUAAGAAAGCAGCAAGCUGACAUAGAUACAAGAUGGUCAGAUUUAAUAUGAUCCAGUAUAUUGUUAAUUACUAUUUUGAUAAAUACUUACCCUGUGAAAUAACUUGAUAACUCCUUGUUCUAUGCAAUAUUUCACGUGCAUUCCUUCAUGCCCAUUAUUGAUUGGCGGAAAUGGUACAAUUAAAAGUAUCGGGCCAUCUUCAUCAUGUUGCCGUUUGUGAAAGAUACUUGAAUUGUUUCUCUAUUGUUUUGAAGUGUAUGAAACGUUAGGAGUAGAAAGGAGAAGAGAUUUUAUGUAUUUUGAUAAAAGGUUGUGAGAGAUGUAGGGUUGGGUUUGGAUUAGAUUGUGGUUAGAUAGGAUUAGAUUGAGGUGCACUUCAAGGUUGCAUUGGUUUUAACUUGGCAAGCCAAUUGUGCAUGAUAAUGCAGUAUUGGGCAAGGAUAGGACAGAGAAACCAUACCUUUGGGAAGGUGUAUGUUCAUACUAUGUAAAUAAUCAUUCUUCAUCAUCAGAUUUUCAGAUCUCAGUUUAAUGUAUUGUUUUUUUUCAUUGUUCUCAAAGCAGAAUUUUCCUAUUUCCGCACACUUUGAAGUUUUAGUAUUUUGUUAGAAAAAAUGAUAUAUGUAUUUUAAAUGAUUAUAUGUACAAGUUACAGUUGUUAUAUUUAAGAUUUAUAUUUCUGAAGUACUCUGUUUUACCUGAGAGUUAUGUGAGCGGCAAAGUCAAAACAUUAUAAGAGGUACAAUAUUAUGUGAAUAGAUAUUAUUUUUAUAAAGUUAGUUCAGUUAAUGUUAUGUUGAAAUUUCUGAAGCUUACUGCCUUGAUGUAACGAUGCUAAAUUAUUGUGUAGAAGUUUAGCUCUUUGAAAUGUUUUUAUACUAUUUUGCACUUGUCAAUAAAACUUAUGAUGAAAAAUAAAGCAAAAAAAUUGA